GGGGAAACAAAAACAUAUGCCUCUGUUUCGCUUCUGUAUCUAUAAAUCGCAAAAUUCCAAAUUCUGAAUUCUUCUUGCUCUGUGGUGAACAAAGCCCAGCUUUUGAAACUUCCGAAUUCCUCUCAUCAAUCUAAUUUCUGAGAAUCAAACUCUAAAGAGUAAAUUUUUACUCCUUGUAGUCAAUGUCGAUUCGUUUCAGCUCAACCAUCGUUGCUGCUUCAGUCAAUUUCAAAAGCUCGAAGAAUUUGAACAUUAAUCGAUCUCGGAACUGCAGAUUCUCUGUCCGAAGUUGCGUGUCUGAAUCCCAACAUGCGCACAAGCUAGUUUUGGAAGUAAAAGAACGGCUUGCGAAAGAUUGUACUAGUCUCCCACUUGGCAAAUAUGGAAGAGAUGAUGAGGAUAUGAUCCUCUGGUUUUUGAAAGAUCGCAGAUUUUCUGUUGAUGAAGCCAUUGGAAAGCUAACUAAAGCUAUUAAAUGGCGUCAUGAGUUCAAGGUAGAUGAGCUUUCUGAAGAUUCUAUUAAAGCAGCUACUGACACUGGAAAAGCCUAUGUACAUGGUUUUCUAGAUGUUAAAGGUCGGCCAGUGGUUAUUGUAGCUCCUGCAAAGCACAUCCCCGGGCUGCUUGAUCCAAUAGAAGAUGAAAAGCUUUGUGUGUUCUUACUUGAAAAGGCUUUAAGUAAGUUACCAGCAGGACAACACAAGAUACUUGGGAUAUUUGAUCUCCGUGGAUUCGGAUCUCAGAACGCAGAUCUUAAGUUCUUGACUUUCCUGUUUGACGUAUUUUACUAUUACUAUCCAAGCCGAUUGGAUGAAGUCCUUUUUGUAGAUGCUCCAUUCAUAUUUCAGCCAAUUUGGCAAUUCACUAAACCGUUGGUGAAGCAAUACGCUUCUCUGGUCAAGUUUUGCUCAGCAGAGACCGUCAGAAAGGAGUACUUUACUGAAGAAACAUUACCAUCAAAUUUCCGGAGCUAAAGAGGUUUAUAAGAGACCUUUAAGCACUUAUUUCUUCUGUUGUUGUCGAUUUAUAUGUGUAUAGAUAAUUUUUAAGUAUGGAGAAAAGGGAUAACCCUUAAUAUUAAAAGAACUCAUUGUAAAACCUC